AUGGAGCCGCAGCAGAAGAGGAUCAAGAUGGCGACGCAAGUAGGAUACUCUACCAGCGUCAGUCUCACCGAGAUAGGGGACCGCGAAAUGCCCCUGGAAGCAUCCCCACUGCGCGUGCACCCCAUGACGCGCAAAAAUGAGACCAUCACCUUGUUGCCCGCCGAGAGCCUGCUGCGCUCGCUUCUGCUUGACAGCCGAGAGCACAUGGCCCAGUCCAAGAUUGCCACUGCGUCCAACCUCGACAUCUGGUUCACAGGCGGCUGGGUCCGCGAUCGACUUCUCGACAUUCCCUGCUCCGACAUUGACAUUGCCGUCAGCACCAUGACAGGCCAGGCAUUUGGAGACGCCCUCGCAGACUUCUUCCAGCAAAACGAGCAGCGAUACCAGCAGCGCGCGCGCGAGCUCGGGGUCCAGAACGCCACAAUGAGUGGCCUGCACACCACCAAGCAGAACCUCAGAAAGUCGAAGCAGCUCGAGACGACCAUUGGCCACAUCUUUGGCCUCGACGUCGACAUUGUCAACCUGCGCAAAGAGGUGUACGACCAAGACAGCCGCACCCCCGUUAUGGAGUUCGGAACAGCUGAGCAAGAUGCCUUUCGUCGCGAUGCCACCGUCAACUCGCUCUUCUUCAACCUCGACUCCCAGAAAGUCGUUGACCUUACCGGCAAGGGACUGCAUGACAUGGCUGCCGGCAUCAUCAGGACGCCGCUUGAGGCCCGACAAACCUUCAUGGACGACCCGCUCAGAGUCUUGCGCCUGAUACGUAUUGGCAGCAAGCUCGGAUACACCAUUGACGACAAAACCAGCAAGUGCAUGAGGGACCAAGAUAUUCACCAAGCUCUGACCGCCAAGGUCAGUCGCGAGAGAGUCGGCAUCGAGCUGUUUAAAAUCAUGAAGCAGCCCAACCCGCAACUUGCCUUUCACCUCAUCUACCAGGAGCCGCAUCAGCAAUGGCCCGCCACCUGGCCGCGCGCAUACCACCUCCUUGCGGCCCUCCUCAACGACAGUUGCAGUCGACUUGGCAAACUUGUCAAGUCCGACGACAUUGCCGAAAGCCUCUGGGUCAUGGCUGCCUACGCCCCCAUUGCCGGUUUGCGACAUGAUAUGCUGCAACAUGCAGUCGAGACGGCCGCAGAAGCGAUAAAGGCCACCGCUAAGACUUCCAAGCUCCUCGACCAGGCGCUUCGAAACAUUGACUCGAUCCGUGCCAUGGUCACCCGCAUCAGCAACCAGCUCGAGCCCCCCCCAGCUAGGAGCACCGUCGGCAUGGCAAUCCGUGCUUGGGGCGCCGCCUGGAAGUCGUUUUCGUCCAUGGACGAUGCUGCAUCGACGAAGCUACUGCAGCAAUACAAUGGAUUUCUCGACUUUGUAGUGCAGAGAGGCCUAGAAGAUGCAUAUGGAGUGCGACCAUUACUAGAUGGAAACGUCAUUAUGGAGCUUUUUGGAGUCUCGAAGGGUGGGGGCUUUGUGAAGACGGCCAUGGACGAGCUAGUCGCAUGGCAGUUUGACAAUGAAGGCCUGGGGGUCGAUGAGGCCAAAGAAUGGCUUCGGCAGCAGGAGCCGAAACUGGGGAUUCCGCCACGCGUCGUGUCAUUCUAA